AUGCUCAAGGAGGAGCACAAGGUGGCUGUACUCCAGGUGCCCUACAGCUUAGCUCCCAUGGUGACCACCAUGAUCAACAUCCGCUGCAAGAUGUCGGUGCCCAACCACAUCAUCUGGUCUCUCUGCAACACAAUCUUCAUGAACUUGUGCUGCCUGGGUUUCGUGGCAUUCACCUACUCCAUGAAGUCUAAGGACCAGAAGAUGGUGGGUGAUGUGGCUGGAGCCCAGGCCUACGCCUCCACCACCAAGUGCCUGAAUAUCUGGGCCCUGGUCUUAGGCCUCCUCCUGAUCAUUGCUUUCAUCAUUAUUUCUGCCACUGGCUCACUGAUAAUUUUCUAA